AGUACUAGAAAAUUUUCUCGACUUCAACAACUAACUUUACUAACAAUGCCAAUCACCAACGAACGCAAAGAGACCAUUCGAGUCGCCAAGAAAUUGAACAAGUUCAUUGCUCUCCCCAGCAUGCUCAAUUGGAAGGUCCACGAGUCUGAUGUUUUGAGACGUGGACGUGUUCUCUGUAUGAUCCGUUCAAAGAACUUCUUCUUCCCAGAUGAUAUCUCAUCUUUAAAGAUGAGAAUGGCUACAGUGACGAAACAUGGAUACUUGGUGCUCUACGAGUCUGUUGAUGAAGGUCUCGUUAUCGACCUUCGUUCUGCGACUCAUAUUCUCACAGAAUGCGACAAGUACAAGUCAGAAAGAAUCAAAUAUUCCCGUAGCCACGUCAAAGUCCGUCUUCCACGUGGAAAUGUUCAUAUGUUCCUUCGCGACGACGACAUCUCAAAAUGGACGGCCGCUCUUCUCGAGGCUCACGUCUCUUUCCGUCCAACAGCUGCCGCUCGAGUUGUUGCAAAGCCACGUCAACAACCAUCGAAGAACGUUGAGACGAUGACUGCAAUUGAACCAGUCGAAGUGAUGGAUUCUCCAACAUCACCAGUGACUUCUUCAAAUAGUGGACUUAUCACUGUUCUGGAAAGAGGAGUUUCUUCUGAAGACACAUUGAUUCCUUCUGUUCGUCGUGGUGUCAUUCCAGUCAACACUCUUCGUUACCAAAUAGAAAAGCAUCUCGAGAUGUGUACUCCAGCUUCUGAACAAUUGUCAAAGAGUUCGGAUCCCAACAUCUCCUCGAUGUACGUUUUCCAUCAAGGAAUUCAAGUAAAGCAGGAACCAAUCGAUGAUGACCAAGAGGAAGAGCAACAAGUACAAAAGCAGCUUGUAUUCAAAAUCGAGGGCUCCGAAGACGAAGAAGCUGUGAAGAAGGAGUGGUGGCUUCGCUCUUUGCGUUGCUAGACUAUACUAAUAAAGAUUUUUGUAUAACAGAAUAGUUUAUUGAGAAUAGCAUUGUGAAAUUGUAAAAAUAGACCUCGACAGAAAAGUACAAAAAUAAAAGUUUGCUACC